AUGUCGUCAACCAAGACGGUCCGCUGGGGCAUUAUGGCGACCGGCGGCAUAGCACGGACCUUCACCAAGGACCUGCUGAUAUCGCCCGAGACUCGAAAUGUCGCCGACAUCCUGCAUGCUGUUGCUGCUGUGGCCUCCUCCUCGUCCCUGUCCUCUGCCGAAAAGUUUAUCUCCGAAGUCGUUUCUCCUGCCCAACAGUCAACAGCCACUCCUUAUUCCUCCUAUCAGGACUUGGUCAAAGAUCCAAACGUGGACAUCGUCUACAUUGCCACCCCGCAUUCCCACCACUUCCAGAAUGCAAUGCUCUGUCUAGAAUACAACAAACCAGUUCUAUGUGAGAAGGCCUUGACUGUCAACGCCGCGCAGACAAGGAUUCUGUAUGAAACGGCCAAGAAGAAGAAUCUCUUUUUCAUGGAAGCUGUCUGGACGAGAUAUUUCCCGCUCAGUCAGGCCGUGCGGAAGCACAUCACCGAUGGCGACGUAGGUGAAGUCUUACGUGUGACCGCCGACAUGAGUAUUGGUGCGCCCAAGGAUUUUGACUUGAGCAGCAGGAUGAUCAACCUUGAUCUGGCUGGAGGUGCCCUGCUCGACCUGGGCAUUUAUGCGUUGACAUGGGUCUUUCAAACAUUAUAUCAUACGUUACCCGCGGAUUUACAGGCUCAAUCACGGCCCAAAGUUGUUGGAACAGCCAUGACACCGGAACCACGGACAGGGGCCGACGAGUCGACUUUGAUUCUGCUGCAAUUCCCAAAGUCAUCCCCCACCGGCAAGUCAAUUUCCCAUGGUGUAGCCACAACGGCCCUUCGAGUUAGCGAUGAUCCCGCUCGCAAUCAAUCAAGAGAGCUUGGGGACAUUGAGGUCCCCGCUGCGAGAAUUCAGGGUGAAAAUGGUGAAAUUCAAGUGUUUGGUCCGUUGUACCGACCCACCAGGUAUAGAAUGGUCAAGAAGACACCAUGGCCCGAAGUUGUGGAUCGAACAUUUGAAUUUGAAGGUGGUGCACACGGGAUGAUGUAUGAAGCAGAUGCUGCAGGCCGAGCUCUUCUUGCAGGCGCUUUGGAAUCCGAAACCAUGACUUGGGCAGAGAGUACACUUAUCAUGGAGGUGAUGGACGAGGCACGGAAGCAGGGCGGUCUCAAGUAUCCAGAGAGCAUUGAGAGUACAGAGUACCCUCUCAAGCUCACCCAGAAGUAA